GUCUCGGACUGAGGACACACGUAGACCUGACUUGUCAGAGAAGUGUGAAGCUCUCAGGUGAAGCAGCAUCCUCUCAUUCCUUCAUUAGACAGAUCACAUCAAACUGAUAAUUGUCGCCGUGCAGACUUUAAAGAGUAAUUCCCCACAAAAGGAAUAUAAUUAUUUUUCUUUCUAUCACAUUAUCCGUCUAUUUAGCCUUAUUCACACCCCAGUGACAACGAACGACGUCCUUCGGGAAGGUCGCAUUUUGGCACUUGUGGUUCUCUUUGAACUUUUUUUUUUCGCCUGAGCUGUGAACCCAUAAACCUCCGGAGAUCUGCUUCUAUAUAAAAAGGCUUCAGCAAAAUCACUGACAGAAUCUGCACCCUGGAUGUCAUCUGCAUUGCAUGAGCGUCUCUGGAGAAUUCUAGAAUGAACGUCGAAGUGGCCACGGCUAAAAUACUGUCUGAGUGGAAAUGCCAUGAUGGUGCAUUUGGAGAAGACCAAGCCAGCUCACCGGAGUCCACCAUGGACUCUGUGUGCUCCUCACCGGAGAUGUGCUGCUCCAACGGGCAUCAGGAGAUGAAGGAUUUCUCUUUUGGAUUCCCUGGACGCAGUGGGACGCCAACUGCGCACAGACAGAACAAACCAAAGAUGUCCACUAAAAGACGCAUGAAGGCCAGCGAGAGGGAGAAGAUGCGGAUGAGGAGUCUUGCAGAAGCUCUCCAUCAGCUCCGAGACUACCUGCCUCCGGACUACAGCAAGAGAGGACAACCCUUAACCAAAAUACAGACUCUCAAAUACACCAUAGAGUACAUCAACAAGCUCUCCGACAUCCUCAACCGUGUGUAAAAUGGACCACUUCUACUCAGUUCAUAUAUUUUGAUCUCAUCUUACCAUUUUUUUUGCCCCUCUAUUGGUGUAAAUAUUUUUCAGUGGGCACUUGACAACUAUUUUUGUAUAUGUGGGUGGAUCUGUUUAAGUGAAAUUUAUGAAUUUAGUGUUUGGAGGAAGAGUUUGCUGUUUGUUUUGAAGAUACUGAUGGAAAAUCCCGACUUAUGUCUGAUAUAAAUUGUUUCUGAACCUUAUCAAUAGUUGAUACUGUUUUUUAAUCUGAUGUGAUUUAUUUGUGGCAUGUAACAUUGCCACAGGAUAUGUUUUUUUGC